AUGCCAGGUCCUUCAACACCUGUCGAUGAUCAGGAACCUGAUCCACCUGUACCUCCUCAGCAGCCGACUGCACCUGUUCGAAGGGUCCCUGUCUCAAUCCGUGGACCAGAUGGCAAUGCAACAGUGAUUCAUACUUCAGGUCGCAUUCGACCGCCAGUUCAGCCUUUAAGGGGAGCUCAGAGCACAAGGCCAGGUCAGAAUAUAGGGCCGGCACAGAAUGCAGGGCCAGGGCAAAACCCAGCACCUGGUCGGAAUGCCAGACUCGCUCAAAACGCAGGAUCAGCUCAAAAUGCAGGACGGGGCCAGAACACAGGGCCAGGUAACAGCAUCUACCUCGGGAGAUUGACAAGAAACGAUCACCUCGGACGAGUCCUCUCUGCAUUGCGCAAUAGACUUGCAGAGGCCAGAGCUCAUGAAGAACAAGCCGAAGCUGAGAGAAUGCUGUCACACGCACAUCCAGCGAUGAUUCAUAACAUCCGUGUGCAACAGCGAGGACCAGCAAGCGAGAUGACAGAAAACAAUCCGGAAGGUUCAAUCCCUAUUGACCCUGCGAUAAUCGAUGCUUCUCAACGACUUGGACACGCUCAAGAUCAAGACGAGGCCAAACCUCAUAAUAGAUGGGACGAAAUCACAGUGCGCAAUGCUAAGUGUGAUGUAUGCGAUGAAAAAAAUCAAUCAGUCAUGUACCGCUGCAAAGAUUGUGGCUGGCAGAUUUGUUCACCUUGCGACGACAAUCGAGGUGGCUUAAGGGAGCAUAAUACUUCUCGUCGGUAUAGGCGUGUUAAUCCUCAGGGCAAUACCAGUCGCCAACCCUCCGGUGGUGAUCCAACGCCUCAGAGAGGGCGUGCACCCCCUCAACCAGCAAAUGCUGUGCACGCAGACGGAGGAAUUGAACAGGCUCGUGUCUUACCUAGGAUGCAACACCAGAUGCCACAUAGAAGGAUGAAUCCGGUGAGUCUUGGAGGUUCGUAUGGUCAAGCUCAACAUGCUGGAUACCACCAAGUUCAGAGGCCACAGCUCUACAAUGGAACUGUCUUUGUUCCCGUCCAGGUAUACCAUGACGCCAAUGGCAACAUGCAACAGCUACCAGUGCCUGACCCUGUCUUUCUGCCACAGUAUUCUCAUGGAAUUCCUCGUGUGCCACAAUACGCUUAUCAACCCCAGCAUCGCAGAGCGCAGCUUCCACUGCAGAAUCCGCAUAGAGCGGUGCCCGAAGGACGUGGCCGUCUUCGACCCCUCCCCCAACCACGUAGAUCUGGUCAUGGACCACUCUUUCCGCGCGAAACCAUCGAUACGCAGCCGCAGCCGAUGGACAUGGACUUUGAAUCUCAUCCGAGACUGCCUGAAGCUGAAUACUACACCCCACUCGAAACCGAUGAGGCAGCAUCCUCUCUGUAUGUCGAGACUCCGGGUUCUCCGGCUGCUCAGAACAGAGAAACUCCCGCUGUUUCAGUGAGAGAUGAGAAUGAUGAGCACCGGGACGACGUCGACGCUUGGCAUCAGAAGCAGAUACAGCUCGAGGAAGAGCGGGAACGAGCACGACAGUACAAGCUCGACCUGCACGACGAACGUGACCGUGCUUGGUGGUUCCUCAUUGUAGCUGCGGGGGAUGCAUACCAGCAAAUGAAGAAAGAAGAAGAAGAAGCUGGGCAGAUGACUUCGGAAGUCGGAAAUCAGUCAAGACAGUCACAGCCAGACCCUAACGAGGCGACAAACCUUGCCAGUUCUCCGGCUCAGGCGCAGUCUGGCACAGAGUCAAUCAUAACUGAACUGCCAACUGAUAUCACUAGACCAGAUUCAUCGGAUAAUGACAUACUCGGCACCCCCCGUACCCGCCGCCGAAGCUUCUCCCCAGCUUCGCUCAGACGUGCAGUGACGUAUAGACAGAGGGGACCAACUCUGAACUCGAGUUCCCCAAUCAAUCCACACAAUCGAGCUGAUCACCACACCCCGAGUGACCAGAAUGGCAAUGAUGAAGAGACGCUCUAG